UGAUUUGGUUGACGGUCGCGCUGGUCGUGUAUUUAUAUUCAUAUUCCCAUUCCGCAUUCGAAUCGGAUUCAAUUAGGCGCAAGCAUAACUUUAAAUUAGACUGCAUAAUCGCGUGUGUGGCAUAAUUCCCCACGGAUCUCUUGUCUUUAAUGUGUUGACAAGUCGAAAUCCAACAGAUUAACUCAAAAGAAUUCCCCAACGGAGGCAAGCACACAGCCGGCGAAACACAGAGGCAGUAAACGGGAUAGCAGGCAAGGAUUCCAGAGACCAGAAUGGGCGGAUCGGCAGUGCAGGUGAUCAACGCGUCCGAGGAGCACACAUUUGUGCUCAACGAGGAUGCGUUGAGUGAGGUCCUCAUGCGGGAUGAGGUCAAGGAUCGGUUCGUCUGCGUCGUUUCCGUGGCGGGAGCAUUCCGAAAGGGCAAGAGCUUCCUGCUGGACUUCUUUCUGCGCUAUAUGUAUUCAAAGUAUGUGCAUCACGAUGCGACAGACUGGCUGGGAGGCGAAUCAGAUCCGCUGGAGGGAUUCUCCUGGCGCGGCGGCUCCGAACGCGACACCACCGGCAUUCUCAUGUGGUCCGACAUAUUCCUGCACGACUAUCCCAACGGCGACAAGAUAGCCAUCAUUCUGCUGGACACACAGGGCGCCUUCGACAGCCAGAGCACCGUGCGCGAUUGUGCCACCGUUUUUGCGUUGAGCACAAUGCUGUCUUCGGUGCAGAUAUACAACCUGUCACAGAACAUCCAAGAGGACGAUCUGCAGCACCUGCAGCUCUUCACCGAGUAUGGCCGCCUGGCGCUGGCCGACACCGGCAAAAAGCCGUUCCAGCGGCUGCAGUUCCUCGUCCGGGACUGGAGCUUUCCCUACGAGGCGGAAUACGGUGCACUGGGCGGUGAUAAGAUUCUGAAACGACGUCUGGAGGUGUCCGAUAAACAGCACCCAGAACUACAGUCCCUGCGUCGCCACAUUUCGUCCUGUUUCACGGAGGUGGCCUGCUUCCUGAUGCCCCACCCAGGCCUCAAUGUGGCCACCAAUCCCAAAUUUGACGGUCGGCUGCAGGACAUCACGCCCGAGUUCAAGAACAGCCUGCGCUCCCUGGUGCCCAUGCUGCUGGCACCGGACAACCUGGUCUACAAGGAGAUCAGCGGACAACGGGUGCGCGCUCGCGAUCUCAUCCAGUACUUCCAAUCGUACAUGAACAUCUACAAGGGCAACGAGCUACCCGAGCCGAAGAGCAUGCUGGUGGCCACCGCCGAGGCCAACCAUUUGACCGCCGUGGCCGCCGCCAAGGAGCUGUACGGACAGCUCAUGGAGGAGGUGUGCGGUGGAACGCGGCCGUACUUAAGCACCGCUCACCUGCAGACGGAGCACUUGCGGGUGAAGGACAAGGCACUGUUCCAGUUUGCGGCCAAGCGCAAGAUGGGCGGCGAGGAGUUCACCGAGAAAUUCCGCAAGCAACUGGAAGAUGAUCUCGAGGAGGUCUUCAGCAACUACCAAGCGCACAACGAGAGCAAGAACAUCUUUAAGGCGGCACGAACCCCAGCGGUGUACUUCGCCUGCGCCGUCAUCAUGUACAUCCUCAGCGGCAUCUUCGGUUUGGUGGGCCUCUAUACCUUCGCCAACUUCUGCAAUCUGGUCAUGGGUGUGGCGCUGCUCACACUGGCUCUGUGGGCCUACAUCAGAUAUAGCGGAGAGCUCAGUGACUUUGGAGGCAAGUUGGAUGACUUUGCUACGCUAAUGUGGGAGAAAUUCAUGCGACCCAUCUACCACGGUUGCAUGGAAAAGGGCAUCCAGCAUGUGGCCACCCAUGCGACCGAAAUGGCUGUGGGCGGAGGAGCUGCCUCCUACCGCUCUCAAACAUCGGUGAAUGCGUCCAAUGGCAAGGUGAAGCGGUCAUGAGAAUACGCCCAAGGAGCGCAGCACAAGACGCAGCAGCCGGUGCCGUCGCAGCCGCCGUCGGCAAAACCCAACAACAACAAUAAUAAUAACAACAACAACAUCAACAACAAUGUGGCAUACAAAUCAAACAGGAGCAACAACAUUAACGAGGCCGACGGUUUCAUCCACAACAUCUGGCGCAAGUUCGGCGGCAGCAACGAAGAGAAGGCUAAAGUCAGCGUCCAAACUCCAACGGCCCCAUCCUCUUCCCAGGCGCCAAAUAGUCGCAAAAAGCGCAAAGCGAAGCGUAAUUAGGUGUCCAUGGACCAGUAGAAUGGUUCGAUUAUUGAGAGGACGACCCCUUCUAAUUUGUAUAAAUCUAAACCCCUCUAUAGUGCGAGAGAACCGGAAACACAAACGUCUAGCUAUUAAUUGCCCUUAAAGGAAAGUUGUUUUUAUAUUGCAUUAAUUGAAGUGUAGAUCGUCUAUAUUACGUAUCUUUAAGAGUAAGUGCAUCAUUAGUAAGUGGCUUGUGUCUGUUGAAAAAGUGAAAUUUUAAAUUGUUUUUUUACAAACGAUAUGCGUCUGAAACGGAUAUAUGAAAUUUAACGCUGUAAUAUAAUGAAAUCGCUAACGAAUUUAAUUUGUUUAAUUUCCAUCUAAGGCGUACACACCACCCCCACCCCCCGCCUCCUUUUCCACCUUAUCUCAUCUUUGGUAUAGAAUUCCAUAAGCAAUCUAUGUAUAAACAGAGUGCACAUUGUUGUUGGCUGGUUUGCUAAGCGCCUCAUUUUGCCACAUUUUGUUAUUUAAAAUUAUACAAAAAAAAAACGAAAAAACUAAAAUAGAAGUCAUUGCCACCCAUUAAAGUUCAACACAAAGGAGCAAUGCUGGUAUAGGUCAUUAGUUUAUCUUGUGCAGUAAAUUUAUAGAACUCUUGGUUUUGUUUCGAUUAAACAAUAAAACAAUAAAUGUAUUUAAUGAUAACAGCUCACUAGCAGUUAUGGCCAUCGAAAAAUAAAAGGAAAAAAAAGUA